AUGGGAAUUCACGAAGAUGCUCGGCAGGGAACCCUCUUAGGGAGUAAGCUUGCCGAUUAUAUCAAAAGCAACCCGAACAUAAUCAAUGAGCAAGACCCUGAGGGAGGCCUGACGCCAUUGGCAGCAGCCACGGUUGGGGGAUAUACUGAGGUGAUCAAACAGCUCCUCAAAAAGGGGGCCAAGGUAGAGGUCCUCUCCAGAGAUGGCGAGACUCCGCUCCUCCUUGCAGCCUGGAAGCUCAACAAUAAUCGCGCUCGAAUCAUCCAGCUUCUCCUUAAGGAGACCCCACCUGACGUUGUUGACACGACCUGCUCUGCAGCGGAGAACAACACGCCACUGAUUUUUGCCGUCAUGAAGAGGGAUGUUGAGUCCAUCAGACUGCUACGAAGGGCCGGGGCUUCUGAGACCAUACCGAAUAAGGAUGGUAUCAGUGCUGAAGAAAUGGCUAAGAACGCCAAAGAAGAAGCCGAGGAGAAUGAAGAUAGGAACGAGGAGGAGAAAGCUAAGGCCGUCAUUCGCGCACUCAGUCCAGAAAUGGAGAAGGAAGGCCUUGCAAAGAUCACUUCUAUGGUUGUUUCGUUCCUCAAUUUCGUUGUCGCCUGGGUGAACAAUACUGCCAAAGGAGUCGUCCGCUUGCUGUACGGGCUGGACCCCGAGCUAGAUGAAGAUCUUAACAAGGCAUUGAACGGCCCCGAGAAGCCAAGCAAGGCGAAAUUCGUAAAAAAUGUCGACAAAUUCAUCAAGGACACCCCACUAGAGCGAUUUUUCAAGAAGAAGAAGACAUACAUACAAGAGCUGGCGCAGAAGGGGGUGGAACUGGAAAACGACAAGAGCACACCCCUCGGCAACAAAGAUCUUCUGCCCAAAACCAUCAAGGUGUCCUUGCAUCAGCAAGUUAUUUAUUGUGAUGACAGCUCCUCGAUGAAAAGGGAGGGUCGCUGGGAGUCCCAGAAAAGCCUCGUCGAUCGUAUCACCAGGGUUACCACCAAAAUCCUCCCCAAGGGCGAAGGCGUUGCACUGCGCUUCAUCAACCAAGAUGUAGACGACUCCCCAAACCUGACCCAGGAGAAGAUUACGGAAAUCCUCAAACCGAUGAAAUGGGCGCCGAAUGGAAACACGGAGAUAGGCACAUACUUAAAAUCUAAGAUCUUGGAGCCGAUGGUGUAUAGCAAGCUUGAGCCGAAGAGUUUCGACAAGCCUCUUCUCAUCUCCGUCAUCACUGACGGUAUGCCUUCCGUUGAAGCAGACUCCGUAUUUGCAGAUGCUAUCCUGGAGUGUGGUAAUAAACUGGAAGAUGCCGGGUACCCUCGAGAGAGCGUGAAGUUUCUCGUUGGCCAGAUCGGGACUGGGGCUCAGGCUGCAGCCUUCCUUGAGAGAGUAAGAAAGAAUGAGCGCAUAAAGGACUUGGUAUUUUGCACUUCAGACCAGCUGGAUGCAAGACUUAAGGAAUUCCGCGACAACGAGUGGGAUCUCGAUAGAUGGCUAAUUGAGACCUUGUUCGAGCCACUUAAAGAUCGAGAAAUCAAAAAGGACCAGUAG